GCGGGAUUGUCCUCCCAGGCUGGCAGCCGGCUUCCAGCGGCACCAUGUCUGCCCUUGGCAUCACUGUGGCCCUGCUGGUGUGGGCGGCCAUUCUCCUGCUGGUAUCCAUCUGGAGGCAGGUGCACAGCAGCUGGAAUCUGCCCCCAGGCCCUUUCCCACUUCCCAUCGUCGGGAAUCACUUCCACUUGGAAUUGAAGAAUAUCCCCAAGUCCUUCACCCAGCUGGCCGAGCGCUUCGGGCCGGUGUUCACGCUGUACCUGGGCCAGCGGCGCGUGGUGGUGAUGCACGGCUACAAGGCCGUGAGGGAAGCGCUGCUGGACUACAAGAGCGAGUUCUCGGGCCGAGGCGAAAUCCCCGCGUUCCAGGCGCACAAGGACAGGGGAAUUAUUUUCAAUAAUGGGCCCACCUGGAAGGACAUCCGGCGGUUUUCCCUGACCACCCUCCGGAACUAUGGGAUGGGGAAACAAGGCAACGAGAACCGGAUCCAGAGGGAGGCUCACUUCCUGGUGGAGGCACUCAGGAAGACCCAGGGCCAGCCUUUCGACCCCACCUUCCUCAUCGGCUGUGCACCCUGCAACGUCAUAGCUGACAUCCUCUUCCACAAGCGUUUCGACUACGAUGAUGAGAAGUUUCUGAGGUUGAUGCAUUUGUUUAAUGAGAACUUCUACCUGCUCAGUACUCCCUGGCUCCAGCUUUACAAUAAUUUUUCCAGCUAUCUACACUACUUGCCUGGAAGCCAUAGAAAAGUCAUAAGAAAUGUGGCUGAAAUAAAAGAGUAUGUGUCUGAAAGGGUGAAGGAGCACCAUCAAUCCCUGGACCUCAGCUGGCCCCGGGACCUCACCGACUGCCUGCUGGUGGAAAUGGAAAAGUCCACAGACUUUGAGAAUUGCAUCUUGUCUGAGGAGAAGCCCCCAGCAUUCCUUGUGGGCAUGUACUCCCCAUCUGUGCACAGCUUCAGGACUUCCAGGCCUCCCCAGCUUCAUUCACCUGCAGCCCUCAGGAUCCCCUGCCCCCUGCCCAGCAUGGAAAAGCCCAGUGCAGAACCCUUGUACACAAUGGACGGUAUCACUGUGACCGUGGCCGACCUGUUCUUCGCGGGGACAGAGACCACCAGCACCACUCUGAGAUACGGGCUCCUGAUUCUCAUGAAAUACCCUGAGAUCGAAGAGAAGCUCCAUGAAGAAAUUGACAGGGUGAUUGGGCCAAGCCGAGUCCCUGCCGUCAAGGACAGGUUGGAGAUGCCCUACAUGGACGCUGUGGUGCAUGAGAUUCAGCGGUUCAUCAACCUCGUGCCCUCCAACCUGCCCCAUGAAGCAACCCGAGACACCAUUUUCAGAGGAUACCUCAUCCCCAAGGGCACAGUCAUAAUUCCAAAUCUGGACUCCGUUUUGUAUGACAACCAAGAAUUUCCUGAUCCAGAAAAGUUUAAGCCAGAACACUUCCUGAGUGAAAAUGGGAAGUUCAAGUACAGUGACUAUUUCAAGCCAUUUUCCGCAGGAAAACGGGUGUGUGCUGGAGAAGGCCUGGCUCGCAUGGAGUUGUUUCUGUUGUUGUCUGCCAUUUUGCAGCAUUUUAAUUUGAAGUCUCUUGUGAACCCAAAGGAUAUCGACCUCAGGCCCAUAAAGAUUGGGUUUGGCCGCAUUCCACCACAUUACAAACUCUGUGUCAUUCCCCGCUCAUGAGUGUGAGGAGGACACACUCAUUCCUGAGCCCCCCACUUUCAAGCAAGUUUUCAAAUUGUUUGAGGUCAGGAUUCCUUAAACCUAUUCCUUUCUUUGCAUAUGAAUAUUUCAAAAUAAACAUUUUCCUGGAAUAUAAAC